AGAUCAGUUGCUUUCCCCUAGACGGUAGAUAUCCUGUCAUGACCUAAAUAUGUUUUCCACACAACAGAGGACUUUUUCGUUGACGAAUGCAAGAUUAUUUGUAGCAAAACUCCAUAAGUUGUCAGAAAGAUAUGUUUCACUUAGUAGUUCCAAUCUAUUCUCUUCGAAAGGAGUGACAACUACUUUGUUCCCUGAAUUCGAGAAAGACAAUACUUUAGAUAUACACCAGAACCUGUACGACUACAGUAUUAACAGUUCAGAAACAUUCUGGGCAACACUUGCAAGGUCCAGACUGAAAUGGUCGAAGCAAUUUUCCCAGGUCAGUGAUUGCAACAUCAAUGAAGGAAAGAUAAGAUGGUUUAUGGAUGGACAACUAAAUGCUUCAGUUAAUUGUGUUGACAGACAUUUAGAAAAGAAUGGUGAUAAUGUAGCUUUGAUAUGGGAAAAAGAUGAACCUGGCACAGAAGAAUUUAUUACAUACAGACAAUUAUCAGAAAUGGUAAAUAAAAUGAGCAAUGUACUGAAAAGGCAUGGAGUAGGAAAAGGUGAUCCUGUUGCAAUUUAUUUGCCCACUACUCCCAUGGCAGUAGCAGCCAUGUUAGCAUGUGCUAGGAUUGGUGCUAUUCACAAUGUGGUGUUUGCUGGUUUUAGUGCUGGAUCAUUAUCUGACAGAAUAAAAAAUGCUAAAGCAGAAACAGUUAUAACAGCAGAUGAGGCAAUCAGAGGGGGUAAGAAGAUUCCAUUAAAAGCAGUAGUUGAUGAUGCUGUUAAACUUAGUGGAUGUGUAAAAAGAGUAUUUGUGUAUCGUAGAACAAAGAGAGAUGUACCCAUGACAGAUGUGGAUUUUGACCUAGAAAAGGAAAUGGAAUCAGAAUCAAGUGAAUGUAAACCAGAAGAAAUGAACAGUGAAGAUUAUUUGUUUAUGUUGUAUACCUCUGGCUCUACUGGUAAACCGAAGGGAUUAGCUCACUCAACAGCUGGUUAUCUACUUUAUGCUGGCAUGACACAAAAGCACGUUUUUGACUAUAAACCAGGAGAAAGAUUUGGAUGUGUGGCUGAUAUUGGAUGGAUUACAGGUCACAGUUAUGUUGUGUACGGACCUUUAUUCAACGGUGGAACGACUGUUUUGUUUGAAAGUACACCUGUUUACCCAGAUCCGGGAAGAUAUUGGGAAAUGGUAGAACGCCUUAAACUUCAACAUAUAUAUUUAGCACCUACUGCACUGCGUAUGUUGCUGAAGGAAGGAAAAUCUUGGGUCACAAAAUAUGACAGAUCAACAUUAAGAAAGUUGGGAUGUGUUGGUGAACCAUUAAAUCGGGAAGCCUUUGAUUGGUACAAUGUUGUUGUUGGUGACAGGAAAGCUGAUGUUGUUGACACAUGGUGGCAGACAGAAACUGGUGGAAUUACUAUAUCACCUAGACCAUCAGAGGAAGGAGCUGAAAUAUUACCUGCCAUGCCAAUGAGACCAUUCUUUGGUAUCAAACCUGCCCUUGUUGAUAAAAAUGGAGUUGAACUGCAGGGAAAUAAUGUAAUGGGAGCUUUAUGUAUCAAUUCUUGUUGGCCAGGGAUGGCGAGGACUAUAUACGGGGACCAUCAGCGCUUUAUAGAAACAUAUUUCAAGCCCUUCAGAGGCUAUUACUUUAGUGGUGAUGGAGCAGUCAGAGAUAAGCAAGGUUAUUACCGAAUAACAGGAAGAAUGGAUGAUGUGCUGAAUGUUAGUGGUCAUAGAUUGGGAACAGCUGAAAUUGAAGACGUAAUUGAUGAUCAUCCAGAAAUUGCAGAGUCAGCAGUUGUAGGAUUUCCUCAUGAAAUAAAGGGCGAAGGAAUAUAUGCCUACGUAGUGUUAAUGGAAGACGGUAAACAUAAUGAAGAGGAACUUGAAGAAGAACUCAGGAAAAUGGUUAAAACAAAGAUUACCGGCUUUGCUCAACCAGAUAAAAUAUUGUUCUCACCUGGACUACCAAAGACCAGAUCAGGAAAGAUUAUGAGAAGAAUUUUACGCAAAAUUGCUGCCAACAAACCUAAUGAACUUGGUGAUGUUUCAACAUUAUUUGAUCCAUCAAUAGUAGAAGCAAUUGUCAAAAAACAUGGCGAAAAGUUCAUAGAAGCUGAAUAUGAACUGCCUUUCUAACAAGUUGAAGUAUUUUAUACAUGUUUUACAGUAUAUGUAAUUUUAAUUUGUACAGAUUUUUAUUUGGUAUUGAGGAAUUUAUUUUGAAGGUUUUGAAUUAUUGAUAUCUAUAAGAUAAGUUCUAAAAUCUAAAAUAUAUAUAUUAUAACUAUUAAUUAUCCCAGAGACUAGAAUGUUGUUGAAAUUUGAAAAAAAAAUGUCACAAAAACUUAAGUUUUGUUAAAAAAUUCAAAAUUCAAAAACAUCACGGCAAAGAAAAUUGAUAUUUAGUUAUGAUAUGCAUUUCAGAUCUGAUUGCAGGUGUCAAACUUGCAGUUGAAUUAAGUUUAUUUUAAACAAUCAGAAAUUUUGUGAAAAGGUUUCUGUGCUCAAAUUUCAAUGAAUUUUUUUAUAGGCAAAUCCAUUGUCUCAUUUUCUAGAUCGAUGUUUAAAUAUAUACUAAACAAAUUAAAAGUGCUAAUAGAUAUAGGAAAGUGUGGUAUGAGUGCCAAUGAAACAACUCUCCAUCCAAAUAACAAUUGAUAAAAGUAAACCAUUAUAGGUCAAGGUACGGCCUUCAACACAGAGCCUAGGCUCACAAGAUUUCAAAAGUGAAUUAACUUUUACGUAGAACGUAACCUGAAUUGUUUUCAAAAUAUGAUUAAAAACUUAAUCUUAUAUACUAAUAUAUUGUUAAUGUGUUGUAAUCUCUAGUCAUCGCUAUUCGUAUAAAGUGUACAUAGUCUUUUAAAUUUGGUGCUUGAUGACUGGUGAUUUCAACCUUAAAUCUAGUUUAAUUCAUCAAAAGAAAUGUGUACACUUUUGAUAUAAGAGAAAUUAUUUAGCAUAUAAAUUAUUAUUGAUGAUCUUCAAAUUAAAUAAUUACUUGUAUUAAAAUGAAGCAUAAGGAUAUAAUUAUGCAGUUUA